AUGGACUCCAGGACCGCUGAGAUUGCGGCAAACGCUCCCCGGUACCGCCGGAGGAGUUCAACCUUCAUCGACAGUAUCCACGAUGUGUCUGAGGAUACGGAUAUGGCGCCGGCCCAGCUUUACAGUACCAUGUCUGGGCGGCUGUUUCACUCUGGUCGUAUUGCCAUUGUCAUGGUUGGGCCGCCUGCUCGAGGCAAGACACACAUUUGCGUAUCUAUGGCACGCUAUCUCCAAUGGCUUGGCGUCAAGACUCGUAUUUUCCACCUGGGCGACUACCGCCGAGCGACCAUUGGUCCUGACGGCUCGCUUCCCGAUGAUUAUUUCUUCCCUGAUGCUUCCCCUUCAUCCGUCAUACUCCGUCAAAAGAUUCUAAAGAAAUGCCGCGAGGAUAUCUAUGCCUGGUUGAAUCAUGAAAAUGGCCAGGUUGCUAUAUACGACGCGGUCAACCCAACGGCGAGUGGAAGACGCUCUCUGGCCAAGGAGUUUGCAAAGCACGACGUCCAGACCCUAUAUAUCGAAUCGUUUGUGGAUGACGACCAGAUUUUGCAUGACAACGCCAUCAACGUCAAGAUUUCCUCGCCCGAUUUUGCAGGAAUGGAUCCCGAGGAAGCAGCAAAAAUGUACUUGAAAAGAAUAGAGAUGAGGAUCCCAGUAUUCGAGACCAUGAACGAGAUGGAGCUCAACUAUAUCAAGAUGAUCAAUGCUGGAGAGAAGUUCUUCUACAACAACCUUAGCUUCAACUACUUGUCUCACAGAAUCGUUUUCUACCUGACCAAUCUUCACAUCAAAUCACGGACUACUUUCUUUGCCCGUGCGGGCACAACAACGGAGGAAGACUCAUACAAGGCAGACGCAGACCUUUCAGAACAGGGCAGGUACUACGCUCAACGGAUGUCCGAGACGCUUAUGAAACAUCGCGAACAAGAAAGGCUGGAGCAAAUCGCCAAGGGCAAGCCCGAGACGCCCCUCCGGCCACUUUCAAUCUGGACGUCUACUCGACUUCGCACCAUUCAAACUGCUGAUUAUCUCAAAGAAAAGGGAUACAAGGUUCGGCAACGCUCUCAGAUGAGCCAAAUCAACCCCGGCGUCUGCGAGAAGAUGUCAGAGCGCGUGAUUAGGCAGAUAUACCCCGAAGAGGUUGAAAAACAUGCGCUCGACCCGUAUCAUCAUCGAUAUCCCCGUGCCGAGUCCUACCAUGACCUUGCUGUUCGACUUGAGCCCAUUAUCUUGGAAUUGGAGCGAGAGCAGAGUGACUUGUUGAUUAUCGCGCACGAGUCUGUUCUUCGCGUGCUGUUCGCCUAUCUCAUGCACUGCUCCACUAUGGAUAUUCCUAAUCUCAAGUUCCCCCGCGACGAGAUUAUUGAGAUUAUUCCUGCUGCCUAUCAGAAUGAAGCCAAACGUAUUCACAUUCCUGGUUUGGAUCCUAAGCUGCUCCCAGGCUCUCCCGAUGAUAUUAGGAUACCCGGUAGCCGACCAUUGAGCAGGCCAGAGAGCGGCCAGAUGAGCCCAAUUCCCGGCGGGUUGGGCAGCCCAGCUGAGCCACUAGAGAGGCCGACGGAAAAGGUGGUCAAUACGGCGAAAGACAUGGUGGCGGACAAGAUUCACGAUGAGAUUUAA